AGAGUUCGCGGGGGAUUGGCAACAGUGCGCCUCCUUCAACAACAACACGCGAGGAUGCAGAUCUUCGUGAAAACCCUCACGGGGAAGACCAUCACCCUUGAGGUCGAACCCUCGGAUACUAUCGAAAAUGUAAAGGCCAAGAUUCAGGACAAGGAGGGCAUCCCUCCUGACCAGCAGCGACUCAUCUUUGCCGGCAAGCAGCUGGAAGAUGGCCGCACCCUCUCUGACUACAACAUUCAGAAAGAGUCCACCCUCCAUCUUGUCCUGCGCCUCCGUGGGGGUGUCAUCGAGCCCUCCCUCAAGCUGUUGGCAGAGAAGUACAAUUGCAACAAGAUGAUUUGCCGCAAGUGUUAUGCUCGCCUCCACCCAAGGGCUACCAACUGUCGCAAGAAGAAGUGUGGCCAUACCUCCAACAUCCGACCCAAGAAGAAGAUCAAGGGUUAAGUUUUGGGGUUCCUUAAAGAUAUUGAGAAGCUGGAGACUACGAGUAACAUUUUCCAUCAAUAAAGCAAAUCUUCAGCGUU